AUGAAUUUAUCAAUUUCUCUCGUAUCCCGUUUAUUUCGUUUGUUGUUUUUAUUUAACGCGGUGAAUGUUCUCCAAGCUUUUAUCCCAUUGCCUCGAUUUGGUCACAACGCUAACUUAAUAAAUAAUAAAAUUUACUAUUUUGGCGGAAAAGACUCGAAUGGAAAUGUUUCUCACGACCUUUUUUAUUUGGACUUGACUCUUACGUCUACUCCGCAAUAUCUUUAUGCCUCGAAUUCGAGUAAAUCUCCAGAAUUUUCUUUGCUAAACUACACAGGAGAUUUUCAGGGGACUUAUCUUUCGGGUUCAACUGCUUGGAAAAAUUCUAUUUAUGCAUUCGGAGGGGAAGGAGCCAAAGAAGGAGAUUUCAAAAAUACAUUUAUUAAAAUUCGCAUAGACUCGAAUCCAAUCAUCAUUGAGCAACUCGAUAACACCAACGCACCAUCACCACGUGGACGACUAACUCCAGUUGUCGAUAAGCAAGGAAAAAUAUAUUUUUUCGGAGGAUGGGAUGGUACAGGGAGUGAUAAUACAAUGUAUAUUUUUGAUUCUAAUAGUGCUACAUGGACAACAGUAAAAUCAGAUAGUGCACCAGAUAUGAUUUGGGGUUACGCUGCGAUUUUGACAGAUGAUGAAAGAAUUUUAUAUAUUGGUGGAAAUCAUCAUGAUAAAAUAAGAUAUAUGCCAUUUGAUUCCAUACCGGUUUUUAACAUUAAUACCAGUGACUGGGAAAGAAUCAAUACAACAGCUGACAUACCGAUCGCUGGUCGAGUUGCACAUGUUGCGAUAUUAGAUAGAAUUUAUAGGACUAAUGACGUAAUAUUUGUGUCUAUAAAUGAACUAAAAGUUGCAGAUAAAAAACGAGUAAUAAUUUACGGAGGAGAGAGAGAUAGUUCAGAUAAAACUACAAAUGGAGGUAUUGUGGUAUUAGACCUGUCAACAAAAAAAUUUACACAGCCGAAUAUCGAGGGAAAAAGACCGGAUUAUAUUCCGUAUCGAACAACAGCAACAUAUUUUAACGAUUACAUUUUUGUGGCAUUCGGUAACAGGAACAAUAUUCCAAGCGUCGAAUUUAAUAUUCUUGACAUUUAUAAUGGCACAUUAAAAUGGGUUCAAAUGGCUAAUCUUACUAGACCUCCUAGUAAUGGACCUGACAAUGGUGCUGGCAGUGUCGUUGACAAACCAUCUGCAAACGUUGGCAUUCUAAUUAUUUUGGCAAUAGUAUUUGGUAUAAAGAACGGAAGAUUUUAUGAACUAGAAAUACCAAUUUAG